AUUUCUCAAUGCUUAGUUUCAUCUUAUAAUUAAGUAACAGUGAUCAUUUCCUGGCAGCUAAUGACUGGCUAGAGGAGUUAGAAGCCUCAUUAGGUUUAUAAUUUAUCGAAUUCUAAGCUCUUCAUCUGCAGUGUUGCAAAUAGAGAAAGCAUCUCAAGUUCCAAAUGAUAAAAUAAAAUCGCCAAUAGUAUUUCCUACAUGUGAGAGUUAACUUGUUCUUCAAAAGUUGACUUUACUUUCCGAGGUUUUAAAUAUAUAUAGAGAGAGCCCAACUAUAUUAACAUGUAUACACACUUUAAAAUGAAAGUGAGCUGGGGAGAUAGCUCAGUUGGUAGAGUGCUUGUCUUGCAUACACAAAGCCCUGGCAUCAAUCCCUUUAGGAACCUUCUUGUGGCAUUUCCACAUCUUUCCCCGAGAGUAGUUUCAACUCUCCAUUAAUUCUAGAAUCAUUGUAUUUACCCUGCAAAUAUUUAUUGAGUACCUAUUAUGUACCAGGCAUUAUUUCAAAUACAAUAUACAGCAAGACUAGGGGAAACGGACAAAACCUGUUCUUCUUGAGCUGAUAUUCUAGUCUUAAGAUUUCUGUCUUUUCAACUACCCAGGAAGACUACAAUUAGAUGUGUUCAAAGUGGCCAAGCUAAAGGUAGACGAGGACUCUAACUGUGUCACCCUAGUCAUGCUGCCUCUGACUGUCCUCUCUCAUUGAUGUGGUCAUUGGGUGGUAGCACCAUCUUCUGCUAACUCAACGAUCACUCACUCAUUCAUCAACCCAAUAGGGGGAAUUAUAAUCUUCCCUUUAGAGAGAGAAGAAAGUGGAAUCUCUUCUCCUAGGAAAGCUAUUGCCUACCUCUUCAUUUUGGAAUCUGACAGGAGCUGGUCAGGUUUUGUUUUUUUGGAUUGAGCCCAGGGGUGCUUUACCACUAAGCCACAUCCCCUUUUUAAAAUAUUUUAUUUAGAGACAGGGAAUCACUGAGUUACUUAGGACUCACUAAGUUGCUGAGGCUGGCUUUGAACUCAAGAUCCUCCUACCUCAACCUCCUGAGCUGCUGGGAUUACAAGUGUGCACCACUGUACCUAGCAAAAACAGUAGUUUCUAAUCCCUUAAUGAAAACAUUCAUUUCUACAUCUUGGUACAAAGACAGCCAGACCUGCCCUCCAGGCUCUAGAAUUCUAGAAAUGUGGAAUUUAGAGAACUGUGAUUCUUCUAAAGGCCUUCUAUCCUGCUUAAAUCAGGUAAAGACCUCUGGAGAAAAGGAACACCAUCCUUUUAUAGCUACUCACCCUUGGACUUUGAUCAGAGUCACUCCUGAGAAAUCCUCAAAGAUCUUUUCCCUCCAGGCUCCUGGUGGUACAUACCUAUAAUCCCAGCUACUUGGGAGGCUGAGGCAGGAGGAUCGAAUGUUUGAGGCUAGCCUGGGCAACUUAGCAAGACUUCGUCUCAAAAUAAAAAAAUAAAAAUGUUCUGGGAAUAUAGCUCAGUGAUAAAGCACCCUAGGUUCAAUGCCUAAUACAAGAAAACAAAACAGAAAAAUUUAAAAAAAAAAGAAAUAACAAACAAAAUUUUCUCUCCAGAUUCUCAUGAUUUCCUUAAAUCAGAGUAACCUCAGGUGCUCAGAGAAACUCCAUGGCUCUCUGACCAUAGGAGCAACUCAAGAUAUGUGAUUCCUUGGAUCAUCAGGGGUGGCAGAAGCACACAGCAGAACUCCACAGAAACUUCUGGUGUUUGAUUUGUUAAUCAGAUCAAUCCUAAAAUGCUGGCAGGAGAGAAACUACUCUUGUCCUGUGUAUAAUCUGUGGGUGUUCACCAUGGUGCCCCUGUGAAAGUUAGCCUUCUGGUCCUUGGUUGUAGACUUUUGCAAUAAGAACAGGAAUAAUGCCUCAUGAGCCUAAAUCCAAUUCUUUAAAGUGGUUCCUGAGAACCCUUUUUAAUUUCUGACCACUUUGACCUGAGCACUGUUUAUAAACAUGCAGAAUGUGUGAUUGUUGUCCCCCUUUAUUUUGUCAGAAGCUUAUUUUCUUCUAUGGACAUUCUAAAAUUUCAAGACACUACUCAUUAUUUUGGUUGAGGUGCCAUGUAACAUAUAUUUGAAGAAACACCCACCUAUUUUAAAAUCUUUUAGCAGACUUCACAACACAGAUUCCUGUUUCAUAAAUACCCCCACCAGUAGGAAUCCAAGAGGAAACAAAUUGGUCAUUAUUUAAUGGACAUUCUGAAUGAUCACUUUCACAUAAAGUCCAUCUGGAAACUCAGAAGUAGACUUUUACUUGAAGAUAAAACUAUCAGUAAAUUUAAAUCACCAUUCCUAAUGUGUCUAGCAGUCCCAUUUACCUGUAAUGAUGGUCUUUGAGUUCAUUCCUGGAUGAGAGCAAAGAUACUUCUAUAAUAUACACUUUUAAGUAACCAGUUUUCUGAUCAGGAGUUUGAUGGUGCCUCUCUGAAUGAGCAUACCAUGGAAAGAUCAGACCAUAGAGUCUGAAACCAAACCCCAAACUGCUCUAUUUCCCCCACCCUCCCUUUUUUUUUUAGGUCUAAUGAAAACAUAGAGAUUGAGGGUGUGGCCCCACCUGGUAAUAUCUUCAGGAGUGGAAUUGUGGCAGUAAAAAGAACAUCAGAGCAAUCAUUAUGUUUUGAGAAAAAGCGAGGCUACUUUGAAUGAUGGAGGCUCCUUUUCUCUUCUUCAUAGGAGAAAUUCUGUGUUUCCUUUACAAUGUGGGGGAAGAAGGAUCUGCCCAGGGUCCUCAGAAACUGGUGGUGCCCCACAAUUACUAGCCAGCCACGAGAGAUUUGCUAAAGGAACAACUAGAAAAUUCUACCCAGAAUGCCAAAUCUGUGCAUUCAAAGGGCGAAUCCAAGCUUUGGAAGUUGUAGGAAUGUCUUCAGUCAACACUCCUCAAUAGUUUGCACUGUGGAAACACCCUCCUCACUAGGCCUAGGGAUUAGGAACCAGCACCAAGGACUUCAGCCUGGCUGAGUCUGAGAGAGUACCCUGAAAGGGCGUAUGCAUGAAGUUGGGUUCAGUGCCUCUCCUAAAAUGCCUUUCCCUCCCAGGUCAUGAGGUCAGGUCUGGCAGGACUGAAUGACUCUGAAUCUCUACAAUGAGUGGCAUCUGGAUAGCUCAGGGGAAGCAGGCAAUCCCACACACCCCACACUAGGAUUGCAGGUUGGGUGAGCUGGACACCUAAGAGGAUAUCUUCUGGGGAAGUUGAAGAAAGCUUUUGCCAAGCCUGUUAGGUGAGUCAACAGACAGAGUCUUGAUCUCUGCUUUUGUCCAUCCUGAUUUUUUAAAAAUGACACUAACUAUAAAGAAAAUCCAAAAAUAAAUUAUCUGAUACUGUAUAUCUAUAUUCACAAAAGAUGUUAGAUAGCUGAUUAAUUGGUUAUUUUUUCCAGUACAUUGGCUGUCUUUUUACUCUGGACAUGAGUGUUAAAGCAAAAAAUAUGUUCAGUCAAAAUCCUCUCUAAAAAGGGCUUAAAGGUUAAUAUCUGGCAUACAGUGGGAUCAGGCCAAGUGAGCUCAAACUUUAAAUGGGAAAAAAAAAAACUUUAAAUGGUAUGAUUCAUCCAUGAAAACCAUCUCUUUUCAUUUUCUCCUGAACUUUCAUCUGCAAAGUUCUAAAGUGAUCUUCAGGAAAAGGGCAGUAUAGCUAUUUUUUUAAAACAACAAAUUCAAGACAAAUACAGAAAUGAAAUGGUCUCGUCUAACCCGCAAGUUCUCCCCACAGUCUGACCAUAGGCAAUGAGUUCUCCAUGGAUCAGACCAAGAGAAAGAGUUCAUUCACUGCUUCUGAAGAUGCUAAAGCUUUUGCCAAUCCUAAAAGUGACCUCACUUUUUUGAGAGGAAAGGACAUUUGGUCUUGGAUUUGUAAGCCCUUGCCUUUUGUAGAUACUGAAGUGGGCUUUGGGGAAGACAGAACCACUGUUAUCCACGCAUGUUUGUAAGGCAGCCAGAUCUUCGGGGGUCACAGAAAGUAACGUAACUGUUUUCACCUUUGCUGGCACCCCAAGUAGGCAGCUGGCUCCAUUUGCAGGGGGACAUUCUAAACAAUCUGAAACAGAAAAUUCAGUAGCCCUUUCCUGAGUACCUAAUAAAUUCACGCAUAACCUCUGGUACCUACUCUUCAGGGAAGAGCCCCUGGUAUCACGAAGCCCACCUGAAGCGAGGAUUUCUCCAAGACUUGCUUGGGUCCCAUCUCGCUUUCCUUUCAUGCUCACAGCAGGGCUGAUUACUGCAAAUUGGUGAUGAGGCAAGGUGGCUGGCUGGGAGGUGCUCCUACCUGGGGGUGUUCUGUUGUUUUUACAGCCAGUGCCAGCUCUGAGUGGAUGGUGAGUAAGAGCCUCUUCCUCUUCCCUCUGGGCUGCUCUCCUCUCCAUACCAUUCUCGUCGCUGGCCUAUUUCAGAUAUGGUGGUGAGCAAGGGCGGCUGCCUGGCUCUGGUGCUUCCCAGACUUGGGACCCAAAACUCAAGAAGGCAACAAAACGCAGAUGUGUUUGCAGACUCGGGCCAUGUGGAUCCUGGUGCCUCUAACUCCUCCAGCCCAGAGCACCUCACCUCUGGCCUCCAGCACAGGAAAACAUUGUGGCCAGGAGGGGUUAAACUUCGGCUGAAGCACAGGCGCAGUGAACCUGCAGGCCGACCUCACUCGUGGCACACAACCAAAUUUGGGGAAAACCAACCUGACACCAGCAUGAUGCAGAUAUCUCAGGGCACGAUGGGCCCUCCUUGGCACCAAAGCUACCAUUCCAGCUCCUCUACAAGUGACCUCUCCAACUACGACCAUGCUUAUCUGAGGCGGAGCCCUGACCAAUGCAGCUCCCAGGGGAGCAUGGAGAGCCUGGAGCCCAGUGGGGGAUACCCAUCCUGCCAUCUUCUUUCCCCUGCCAAGUCCACCAGCAGCAUUGACCAGCUCAGCAAUCUCCAUAACAAGAGAGACUCAGCAUAUAGCUCCUUCUCUACCAGUUCUAGCAUCCUAGAGUACCCACCCCCUGGCAUCUCUGGCCGUGAGCGUUCAGGCUCCAUGGAUACUGCUUCUACUCGAGGUGGCCUCCUAGAAGGGAUGAGGCAGGCGGACAUUCGCUAUGUCAAGACGGUCUAUGAUACCCGGAGGGGAGUCUCAGCAGAGUAUGAGGUGAACUCUUCAGCCCUGCUUCUUCAAGGUAGGGAGGCCCAAGCAUCUGCGAAUGGUCAGGGCCAUAAUAAAUGGCAUAGUGUUCCUCGAGGCAAGGGAACGCCAUCCCCGUCCUGGAACCAGCAGUGCCCCAGUUCCUUGGAGACUGCCACUGAAAACCUGCCCCAUAAAGUGGGCGCACCCCUGCCCCCAACUCGAAGUGACAGUUAUGCUGCCUUUCGGCACCGUGAGCGGCCCAGCUCCUGGUCUAGCCUUGAUCAAAAACGGUUCUGCCAACCUCAGGCAAAUGCUUCAGGCUCCCUGAAAUCAUUCAUAGAGGAACCACUGCAUACUGUACUAGAAAGGAGUCCAGAGAACAGCCCCCCAGUGAAGCCUAAGCAUAAUUAUACCCAGAAGGCCCAACCUGGCCAACCGCUGCUGCCAACUGGCAUCUACCCUGUACCUUCCCUGGAGCCACACUUUGCCCAGGUUCCCCAGCCUUCUGUGAGUAAUAAUGGCAUGCUGUACCCUGUACUGGCGAAGGAGAGUGGAUAUACGGCUGCUCAGGGAGCUUGCAACCAGAUGGAUACCUUUGAUGAGAACGGGAACCAAAAUGGAGCUAGCAGGCCUGGGUUUGCCUUCUUUCAGCCCCUAGAACACGACUCACUGUCCCCAGUGGAGAGGAAAUCAGAAACUACAGCCAAGUAUGUCCCCUACAGAGUUCAUUUUUCUUCAGUGCCUGAAAACGAGAAGGAUUCCUGCCUGAAGAGACAUGUCACACCUCCCCAAGGCAGCAGCCCACAUCCCAAUGAGAGAAGAAGCUCCCAUGGCGACAAACCAAGUUCUAACCGCCACAGCCUCAAAUCCCCUCAGGCUCAGGUUUGGCAAGUGGGUGAAGACAAGAAAUCUUCCAGGCCCCCAGAGCCCUGGGAGGGCGAUUUCCAGGAAGAAGACUAUAAUGCCAACCUCUGGCAGAAAGUAGAGAGAGACGGCUUAAGCCAGAACCUGUCAGGGAACUUUGGCAGGACCAAGACAGCCUUCUUAUCCCUCCAGAACAUUCCAGAGAGUCUAAGGAGGCAAAGCAGCCUGGAAGUAGGAGGGGGGCCCCAGGAGGGUUACCCUGGUGGCCAUCCCACUUGUGGAGUUAACACUAAGGUGGAGGACCCCGGAAGGAAAGCUGUUCUUGACCACAGGGCCCACCUGGACAGGCCAAUUUCCUACCCAAGGCCUGAAGGGAGAACCGGUACCUCAACCUCUUUCGCUAGUUCAGACCCAAGGUAUGAAGAACCGGCCACCCCACCACACCAACAGACAUCCAGUCUGGGCCGGAGGAGACUCAGCUCAGGAAGCACCUCCACCCUUCAGGGCUUUCAGUACAGGAAGCCCCAUUGCUCUGUGUUGGAGAAGGUUUCCAAAAUCGAGCAGCGAGAGCAAGAAAGCUACAGAACCCCGAAUGUGGGCAGCCCCACGUGUGGUCCCAACUACAGGCCCACUAGGACAGUCCCAACCUCCAGUACUUCUGGGAAUGAUUUAGAGGAGACAAAAGCCAGCAUGCGUUUCUCGGAGCCUGCUGAGCCUCUAGGCAAUGGGGAGCAGCACUUCAAAAACGGGGAGCCUAAGUUGGAAGAGGUUUCCCGGCAGCCAUGUGGUCAGCAGCUGAGGAGAACUGCGGAGGGCAGCAGUGGCCCCCUACUCCGAGGCAGUGAGCCCCUGAGGCCGGACACUCGCCUACUCCGGAGCCAGAGCACCUUUCAGCUCUGCAGCGAGGCCGAGAAAGAAGCUGUUUGGGCAGACGACAGACCCGGCACGCCUGAGUCGCCCCUACUGGAUGCACCCUUCAGCCGCGCCUACAGAAACAGUAUCAAGGACGCCCAGUCCCGCGUCCUGGGAGCCACCUCCUUCCGACGCCGGGACCUCGAGCUGGGUGCCCCUGCUGCCUCAAGGCCCUGGCGCCCGCGGCCUGCCUCGGCCCACGUGGGGCUGCGGAGCCCAGAGGCUCCCACGCCAGCCUCCACCUCCCCGCACACCCCACGGGAGCGGCAUAGCAUGACCCCGGCCGAGGGAGGCCCAGCCCUGCCCGCACCCCAAACGGCUCGCAGAGGGGCACGUCGGCGCCUGACGCCUGAGCAAAAGAAGCGCUCCUACUCGGAACCCGAGAAGAUGAACGAGGUGGGGAUCUCUGAAGACGCUGAGCCUGCGCCCUUGGGCCCACCGAGGAAGGGGCUGCAUUUUCCGGAGAGCACUGUCGCCGACCGGCGCCGCGUCUUCGAGCGGGAUGGCAAGGCCUGCUCCACGCUCUGCCUGUCGGGGCCGGAGCUGAAGCAGUUCCAGCAGAGCGCCCUGGCCGACUACAUUCAGCGCAAGACUGGCAGGCGGCCCUCCGCCGCCGCCGCCUACGGGUCCGCUGAGCCCGGGCUGCGGGAGCGCGCCCAGAGUGCCUACCUAAUGGCCAGCCCCUCGGCACCCGAAGGCCCCUGCCUGGCCGUGGCCUCCAGCCUGAGUUCCCUCCGGGAGACUAGCAUGCAGCCCCGCAGGGAAGCCUCCCUUCUGCCUGCGGCCGCAGAGCGCCACCGAGGAUCCAGAGACCGCAGCAGCUCCUUUGCAGGUGGCCGCCUCCUUGGGGAGCGGCGACAUGGGGACCCCCAGACCCAGAGGGAGCUGCGCAAUGGAGCUAACAGCGGACCAGGGGGCACCCAGAGGAUGGACAAGACCUCUCGGGGGCCGUCUUCCUGGGGUGCAGUGGCUGGGAGCGCCGGGAAGUCCAUGAAGUCCAUGUCGGCAGAGGACCUGCUGGAGCGGUCAGAUGUCCUAUCUGUCCCUGUCCAUGUGAGGUCCCGGUCGUCUCCCACGGCAGACAAAAAGCACCAGGAUGUUCUCCUGGGGGAAGACAGUGGCUUUGGUUUCGUGAAGGACCCAUGUUACUUAGCUGGACCUGGAUCUAGAUCACUCAGUUAUUCAGAAAGAGGCCGAGAAGAGAUGCCAUUGUCAAUUCACCAUCCUACCGCUCGUUGGGGUGGCUCAGGCUGCAAAGCAACUGGUGGUUCCUCAAUUGCUAAUGAGUGUCCUGGAGCCCUGGACCAUCCAAGGCAAGCCAGCAGAAUGUCUUGCCCCAGGCCACUACCAGUAGGAACACAAGGGCAUCUCAUAGAUGCCAGCCCUUCAGCCCUGAGCCCGCUCAGCUCCCCUCUGCCUCCAUCCAUUCCCUCUAGCUGCUGCUCACAGCUUGCCACUGAUCAGCAGACUGCAAGGGAUGGGCAGGCAGGUCGACAGCCUGUUUCUCCCUAUGUCCCUGUGGUCACCCACAGAAGCAAUGGUCACACCCUGACCCAGCCUUCCAGUCCAAGAAGCUGUGAGUUCAACAUCCCAGAACAUGGGGUAGAAGAGGGAGCAUGGAAGAGAGUCUCCCUGCCUCAGCGGCCACCACCUUCCCGAGUAAAAUGGGUCCACACGGUCAGAGAGGACAGCCUUCCUGAGGAAGCCUCCUCGCCUGAGUUUGCAAACCUGAAGCACUAUAAAAAGCAGCCUAGUCUUUCAAGUUCAUGCAGCACUUCUGACCCAGACACUCCAGGGAGGAUCUCUCUCCGAAUAUCCGAGUCUGUCCUUCAGGCCUCCCCACCACCUCGGGAAGACUAUGAUGACGAAGUGUUUGUGAAGGACUUGCGCCCCACAGCCACCUCUAGCCCUACAUCUGAAGCUCUUCCCCCACCCCCACCCCCUCCACCGAGCCAGGAAACCCCAGUGAAAUGCUCGGAUGACUUCCCCCCACCUCCUCCCCAAGCUGUGCAUGAGGCGGCGCUGGACAGCGAGGCUCAAGAGGGUUCCAGCAGCAGCGACAGCAAAUUUUCCAAGGUGACAACUGCAAGGGAAAGACACAUGCCUGAUGCACUCCCUCUGGUAGGUGGUCAGAUCCUGGCUUCCAGACCCCAGACUUCUGUCAGAGGCUCAGAGACCAACAAGUCCAACCCUCCCUCCUUCAUGAGUCUUCAGCCUCAACUUGCUGGAUCUCUUGGAAAGCAGCCAAGCCCGGGGCAGCCACCUCCCAGCCGAACCCAAAGCCUCAUGCAUGAACCAGUCAGUGUAACUCAGGGUUUAGAAAAGAAAGGCAGUUCUGAUCCUCAGAAGACCUCAGAAGACAUCAGAACUGAGGCUCUGGCCAAGGAAAUUAUCCACCAAGACAAAUCUCUGGCAGACAUUUUGGAUCCAGACUCCAGAAUGAAGACAACUAUGGACCUGAUGGAAGGUUUAUUUCCCCGAGAUGUUAACUUGCUGAAGGAAAACAGCAUAAAGAGGAAGGUCAUGCAGAGAGCUGUCACCUGCCCAGGACAUGAAGGCAAGAGGAGUGAAGACAAGGAAAUGGUGGGCACAUUGGUCAACUGCUCUGCCUACUACAGUGUGUCUGCUGCCAAGGCUGAGCUUCUGAACAAAAUCAAAGAUAUGCCAGAGGAGGUGGCUGAGGAAGAGGAGCAGAUGGAUAUCAAUGAAAAAAAGGCUGAGCUUAUUGAAAGCCUCACCCACAAGCUGGAGACGCUCCAGGAAGCCAAGGGGAGUCUGCUCAUGGACAUCAAGCUUAAUAAUGCCUUGGGAGAAGAGGUGGAGGCUGUGAUCAGUGAGCUCUGCAAGCCCAAUGAGUUUGACAAGUACAAGAUGUUCAUAGGGGACCUGGACAAGGUGGUGAACCUGCUGCUCUCCCUCUCGGGGCGCCUGGCCCGUGUAGAGAAUGUCCUUAGCGGCCUUGGUGAAGACGCUAGUAAUGAAGAAAGGAGCUCUCUGAACGAGAAAAGGAAGAUGCUGGCUGGGCAGCAUGAGGAUGCCCGGGAGCUCAAGGAGAACCUGGAUCGCAGGGAGCGAGUGGUGCUGGACAUCCUGGCCAAUUACCUCUCGGAGGAGCAACUCCAGGAUUACCAGCACUUCGUGAAAAUGAAGUCGACACUCCUCAUCGAGCAGCGCAAGCUGGACGACAAGAUAAAACUGGGCCAAGAGCAGGUUAAGUGUCUGCUGGAGAGUCUGCCCUCGGACUUCACUCCCAAGACCGGGGCCCUGGCUCUGCCUCCAGACCUCACCAGCGAAACGACUCCUGUUGGGGGAUGUACUUUCAGUGGCAUUUUUCCAACAUUAACCUCUCCACUUUAACCUCUCCUAAAAUACCCCACCAAAAGAUCCCGGCUUCUCUCAACACUAUUUAAUCUGAAAAAAAAAAAAAAUGUUUCAGUACAAACCACUGUAUAAACUACAUGGGUUAUUGGGGCUUUCCUGGAUAAGAGGAAGAAAGUUCUAUUCAGGAAGAAGCCUGGUUUUUCCUUCUUGCCCUUCAUGAUUCAUCUUUUGAGAGCUUGAAUGCUGCUGGAAACUUUUCCCCUUUCAAUUGUUACUUUGUAGUAGAAAGAAAGUUAAUGAAACUGUGAGGACUGGUUGGAGGGUGUUGAUUGCUCGUUUAGGUUUUAACCUGCUGAGGUGACAUAGAUCAGUGUGUCACCCUCAGGAAUGUAUCCACAGUGGCCUUUCGUGCUGGUGGGCAGGGUACCCUGACGGCAGGGUGCAAGUACCAUUGAUGAAGGGUCUGCGACAGCCUUAAAAAGACACACGUUGAGAAGAAACUUGCAAAACCUUGAACAUUGUUAUUUAUAUUUUUAAAAAUGAAAAAGAUCAUUAUGUUUGUGUGCUAACCACUUAUUUGAUUCUAUUUUGUGGUGGAUGUAGACGUUCACGUCUGAGCUUUGUAUUUUGUGAAAUAAUGAAGAAUUCCAAAGAUAGUCA